AUGGCGCACGUGCACGCGAUCGACGCCGAAACCGAACGGUGGUCCAUGCUCCUCCCCGCCAUCUCCGCGGACCAUAGGGUCUUCGGCAAGCCCCGCGGGAACGGGAAACGCGCCGGACCCGACCAGCGCCUCGGCUUCGCAUGCCACCGACGCGCCAUACCGAGGGCGCUGGACGAGCCCCUGUCCAUCGUGGGGUUCGAACCCGUGACCACGCGGCCGGAGGCGACGCACCACAUCACCGCCUUCGGCUGCGACGCGGGCGCGGAGUCGUUGCCGGAGACGUUCUUCGGUGCCACGUGCGCGGUCUGGGCGUUCGCGGUGAACAAGGAGAACGCGGGUCCUGGGGGUAAGAAGGCGCCGUGCAGGGUGAUGAUCUACGCGUACGAUAAGGGCGCGAGCGGUUUUAGGACGCCCGAGGGAACGGCGGUGAAGGUUGGGAAAGGCACCGGGAUCACGCACGUGGUGUACCAGGUGCACUACCUCGUGCCGAUGGAGGAGGCGGUGCCGAUUAACCCGUGGGCGGACUCGAGCGGGAUCGUGUUCGAGAUUGCGAGGGGAGAGGCGCACAGGUCGCGGCCCAAAUCUUUGGGCGUCAUGGCGGCGAUGCACACGCGCAUGCAGCUGCCGACGGGGGAGGCGAAGCUACCGUUUUCCUACACGGUCGGCCCCUUUCGCGAUCGUCUCGCGCCCGACUUCGAGGCUGGCGCCGGUGAGGUGACGCUCGUCGCCGCGCACCUCCACGGCCAUCACAUGCUCAAGAGGUACGAGACCGGUUUGAUUCGGGGCGGGAAACAGGAGCCCUUCGGCGUUAUUCCCGCGUAUCGUGGCUACGGACCGGACCAGUCGUUUCAUCCCCUGCCGCUCGGGGUUGACAACGCCGGGGCGUCGGUCACGAUGGGCCCAGACGACGUCAUGUACAUCACGUGCACGUUCGACACGAGCGACGCGGGCGGCGACUGGGUGGACUACGGCGUGGCGCACGGCGCGGAGAUGUGCGGGCAGAUUCUCUAUUACCACCCCUUCGCGUCGAAAGCCGAAGCCGGCGGGGACGGGGGCGCGGGCAGGCUGGUCCGACCGGAGCCGACGUCGGGCGAGGACAGGGACAACGACCUGUACAACGUCUUCUUCAACCAGACGGACAUACUGACCGAAGGCGUCGAGCAGGAUAUGGUGGAGGGGGCGGCGCACGCGCUCGCGGGCGCGAGCCAGUUCAUAGUAAACUAACCACCUUUAAGGUAACCUCGAAGGUACCCGAGGUAACUUUUAGUACCAACGUCGCGUGUUACAAGUAUUAGACGAAUCAUCAA